CUAAGUUGACCAGACCAGGAGAAAGACGUUUAAAUUUUUUUUUGUGUGUGGUUUUAUGUAAAACAUAUAAUAAUAACAACGGCAACAACACAUAACAAGGAUUGACCAAUAUUUCGAACAAGAACAAGUUUUCUGACCAGACUUGUAAGAACAAGAAAUAAAAAACCAACUUGCACAUGGGAGAGUCCGUUAAAAACCCAAACCAAGACAAAAUAACUGAAGUGAGCACUGAGAGUGCAUUUUCAUUGAGGGAGUGAAUGAGUGUGGCUCCAACACAAGACAGCAAAUGUGUUUUCUUCAAAAGUGCCCAGAGUCUGGCUUAGUUUCAAUCCAAUAAGACGUGGCGUGGCACAACGUUCGCUGCUUGGCUGGUUAUUAUUCUUAGAUUAACGAUAGCAAACGGAAAUGUGAAACAAAAUCAAAUAAGAAAUCUGCAUAAAUAUAUGCAAAAGAAACAAGAAAAUAAUAUUCAUUGAUAAAUAGCAGCUAAAAGUGAUUGUGUACUUCUUGGAUUUCUACAAUGAUUUUUUUUUUCAAAAGUAGAUGGGAAAAAGUGAAAGUGUGAACUUGCCAAGAAGCAGAAACAAAAACCCAAAAUAUUUCAUCAAAGAUACAUUAAUAACAAGUUUCCAGUCAUUCGCAACAGCAACAAAAAUAACAACACUUAACGCAAACGACAAGAAGAAAGAAAGAAGGGUGUGUACAUGUGUGUUUGUGCGAUCAACCAAGAAAACCAAAAACAGAAACAAAAAAACAAGUUAAAACUUUAAUUUUUAUCAAGUCGGGUUUUUUAUAGCUCUCCCAUGCUGCUGGCUUAAAAGAAAGUUCAUAGCCACAACCUUUUUUAUGAAGCUUCUUCUUUCUCCAAAAUCAUGUCGACAUCACCAAACAAAAGCGUGCAGAGGCGUAAAAAUGCCAAAUCCAAAUCAAAUCACUACACUGACCGAGAUCAGCUAAUGAACUCGGCUGCUGCAAACGAAAGACUUCAAUCGGACAGAGAAAGCAACAAGCACCAUCGCAGCGGCGGCGAGAGGCCGGCAGCAACAGCCACAAUUGCGGCACUCAAUAUUAUUCAAGCCAGGGCUCACAGCUUAUGCAAUGGUGGCGGCUUAAUUACUCCAUUCAUCAACUGCUGUCGCGAUGUAAAUUGUUGUCUAAACGCCAAUUCUUGCCAUUCAUGCCAAACACCAAAUACCUGCCAAGUAAUACCCACCACCACCAUCGCAUCAGCAACAACAACAACAUUACCUGCAGCCGCAACAACACCAGUUAAUGAUUUAAGCCGUUCUCGCUCCGGUUCUAGUUCUCGCUUAGAGCAGCUCUCUGCCACAAUAAAUGAAAAAUCAAGAGAACCUAGUCAAAGUCGAGAGAAAUUCGUGGAAGCAAAUGGAACGGCGAAAGUGUUAGAAGAACCAGCAACUACAGAGGAAGUGCCUUCAAGCCAGCCGGGGGAAACAGAGGAAAUCCCACCCGCCACAGAGAAGCAAGAUGAACGGUUUACAUUGCAAGUCCGCCUCGAUCUUUUUUCAUGGUUGCUGUUUGUUGUGGCAUUUGCCACCCGCUUCUACCGGCUCACCUAUCCACGGCAUGUUGUCUUCGAUGAGCUGCACUAUGCCAAAUCGGUGUCGCACUAUAUGCGUAAUCAGUUCUUCUUUGACACCCAACCUCCUUUGGGCAAACAGUUAAUUGCUGCAAUGGCCGAUUCGAUUGGCUACAGUGGGAAUUUUACUGCCACCAACAUUGGCUCGCCCUAUCCAGCUUCAUAUCCCCUGUUUUGGAUGCGUUUUCUGCCCGCCCUUUGCGGUAGUCUAUUGCCCUCUUCUGUUUAUUUGCUAAUCAAGGAGACGGGUAUAUCUCGCUGGGCCUCUGUGUUGGGUGGUCUUCUAGUGCUCUUCGAUAAUUCCAUGCUGAUACAAUCACGUUUGAUACUGAUGGAGUCCAUGCUGUUGUUGUUCUGCACCCUGGGCAUCUAUUUCCUAAUGCGUUUCCAAAAGACAAAAUUUAUGCACAUCAGCUGGAUAAUAAACGGCCUGGCAUCGUCGGCAUUUUUGACAUUCGCGUUUAGCAUAAAAUAUGUGGGAUUUUUCACCUAUUGUUUGGCCAUUUAUUUGAUACUGAAAUAUCUGUGGGAUCUUUUGUACGAUGGCACUAAAUCUGAUCUUUACAUAAUCCUCCACACCAUCGCCAAUUUCGUCCUGUUCACCAUCGUACCAAUUGCAAUAUACCUUUUAAUAUUCUACAUACAUCUUAGCACCCUGUACAAGGCGGGCCCACACGAUGCUGUACUGACCAGCGCAUUUCAAGCCUCACUGGAAGGAGGUCUAGCCUCGAUAACACGCAAUCAACCUCUCAGGGUGGCACAUGGUUCACAAAUCACGCUUAGGCACACUCAUGGUUCGUUAUGUUGGCUACACUCCCAUGCCUUGGUGUAUCCGGUACGUUAUCCCGAUGGUCGGGGUUCCUCACAUCAGCAACAGGUCACUUGUUAUCCCUUUAAGGAUGUCAACAACUGGUGGAUCGUCAAAAAACCCAAAUAUGAUGACAUUGUUGUGGGAGAGAAACCCGAAUAUAUUCGUCAUGGUGAUAUUAUACAACUGGUGCAUGGCAUAACAAGUCGGGCAUUAAACAGUCAUGAUGUGGCGGCUCCGGUUACACCCACCUGUCAGGAAGUUUCUUGUUACAUAGACUAUGGCAUCAAUAUGAAGGGGGAGCUGUUGUGGAAAGUGGACAUUACCAACCGGCAGAAGGAGGGUCCAAUUUGGAAAACCAUUAAAUCCGAGGUGCGUCUGAUACACGUCUCCACGGGUGCUGCCUUAAAGUAUACAAAUAAGGUUUUGCCCGAUUGGGCCUUUAGUCAGCAAGAAGUUGCUGCCGACCAAGACACAACAGGCAAAGAUGUUAUCUGGAAUGUUGAAGAGCAUCGUUAUACAAAGGAUUCCGACCGGGCGGAACGUGAAAGAAAACUCAUCAAUGCUGAAAUGAUACCCAUGGGACCCACUCAACUCUCAUUCGCCAGCAAAUUCCUGGAACUGCAACACAAAAUGCUCAGCCACAACACCGAUGUGGGAAAUCACAUGUACAGUUCUGCUCCCUGGGAAUGGCCACUGCUAAGUAAAGGCAUUGCCUAUUGGGUUUCAAAGAAAUCCAACGCCCAAAUCCAUCUUUUGGGCAAUGUUCUAAUUUGGUACUCCUGCACUCUGGGCAUUGUGGUGUAUUUUGGCCUUUUCAUUUUCUAUCUCUUAAGGCGCCAUCGCAGGUUUUUCGACAUUGAUGAAAAAGAGUGGAAUCGUUUGCUCAACGUGGGCCACAUCUACUUCAUUGGCUAUUUGAUGCAUUAUAUACCAUAUUUUACAAUGGACAGUACCCUAUUCUUGCACAACUACAUGCCAGCAUUCCUGUACAAGGUUCAACUGUUUUGCUUUGUUGUCGACCAUCUCGAAUAUUUACUCAGGCGUUUUUAUGGUUCCUCAAAAUUCAUUGUCAACACAUAUCGUUUGACGGUGCUGACAUGGUUUGUGGCCGUUGUUAGUGUCUAUAUACGUUUCCUACCCAUUAGUUAUGGCUGGAAAGACCUCACACUCUAUGACAUUCUCGAUUUGCGCUGGAAAGAUACAUGGGACUUUGUAAUACAUGCCACAAUACGACCGCCAAUUGUACCGUAAAAUUCCAGUGCUCCAUGUGGACCUCAUUGUAAAUAAACAUAGAUAGCUAUGUAACUAGUUAGUUGAUAUAAAUGGAUAUGAAUAUGUUGGCGUGUAAAUUAUGUGAAGUAGGUUUGUAUGUAAUAUUUUUAAGCCAUAGCUAACUCAUAAAUAUUAAAUUAGAAAAUAAUUGCUUUUUUAGUUUGUCAAAUUUUGUUAUCGAAUAAAUGAGAUAUUAAAACUUUUUUAUACU